AUGAGCAAUGUGGACGACAUGGCUUGGCUGUUUUCAUCAGAGGUCGGACAGCAACAAGCCACUCCAAGCAUGGAGAUGGGAUUUCACCCGCACGGAAGACUUUUGGGCGACGAAACUCUGGUCAACUGCGUCUGCAACGAACCUCCAGGCUCAUAUUGCGUCUGCCCUCCUAGUGCUUCGGUAUUUGGUUACAGUCCCGGGGACCUCGAGCAAUUACCCAUGCAGAGAAUCCAUGGGGAUUCCAAUGAUUUUGUAUUCACUGUGACGGCACCACACGACCAGAAAGACACGAAGCCCCCAGUCUCGACUAGAAAAGAGCGUCGAAGGCAGCAGAACCGUGCAGCGCAGUACCGACAUCGAGAAAAGCGCAACCGAUUUCUCCGCGAGACACUUCGCAGUAUUGAGGCUUUGAACGAGGAAUUGAGGCAGACAAGGGCCCAGCGCGACUAUUUUAGACUCAUGUAUGAAGGGCUUGAGACGCAGAUGUUGGAGAUUAAAAUCUCAACGACGCAUCUCACACAGGUCUACUGGAGCGAUGUGCAAGCGGCUGAUCACAACAGUCUUAUUGUUCCAUUAGCAUUACAGAACCCCGCCCUGUUCAACGCAAUGAUGGCCAAAGCCCUCACAGAUUUCCGUUUCGGAGGCAAUGGGUUGUCGGACGACAUGGUUCCCCGGUGCAACGAUAAUGAAAGUAGAUCAGUCAAGAUUGAUUUUGCCUUUUUCAAGGUACAGGCGUUGAAACAUCUGAGAUUGACUUUGGGUGAUGGAGCGAUGCGUGAGAUCUUCCAAUCUAUUGUGAUAACCACAAUUUUCUUGGUCAAAAUAGAGCUGGUAGAAGGCCACGUAAAGGAAGUGCGCAUGCAUUUGCGUGCGUUGCGAGAGUUGUUCCAAAACGGUGCUUCCUUGGAGUUUCUCUCGCCUUGCGCGAGGUUGCCUUCAUUGCUUACAAUAAAUUUGGCUUGUUCGGUCUGUCAAGAGCCUCCAAUUCUUGUGCCAGCUUCUUGUGCGAACACCGUCAUGUCAGAUGAAUUCAUGAAGGCCAUGAAUGAUUGUCCCAUAACAAUCUAG